CCCCGCAGCCGGCGCCGCGCUUCCGCUGCCGCCGCAGAUUCGCCACGUUUCAGCCCCGUCCCGCUUCUUUAUUCAUAAACGAUUUCCUCCGUUUCUCCUUCCCGUGCGGGUGCACCCGUGCAGGGGGGGCACAGGAGCCCAGCGACCAGCUUUGCCCUGCCCUUCCGUUCCCUUCCUCAGCCGGGGCGGGCGGGCGCCUCCCGGCUCCGUGUCGAAACUGCGAGAGGGGAGGCCGCGCCUCGUUUACUCGCCGCAGCGUGCGACGUGGAGCCCGGCGCGGCGGCGGCGGCGGCGGCGGCAGGGCCAGCGGAGCGGAGCGGAGCGGGUGCCGCGGCGCGGCCUACCGGCUCGACAUGGGGGGCUUUUUCUCCACCAUCUUUUCCAGUCUGUUUGGAACUCGAGAGAUGAGGAUUCUCAUCCUGGGACUGGACGGAGCAGGAAAAACAACCAUUCUCUACAGGUUACAAGUCGGAGAAGUUGUUACCACCAUUCCAACCAUUGGCUUCAAUGUUGAGACAGUGACAUACAAGAAUCUGAAAUUUCAAGUCUGGGACUUGGGAGGACAGACAAGCAUAAGGCCAUACUGGCGGUGUUACUAUUCAAAUACAGAUGCAGUCAUCUAUGUAGUGGACAGCUGUGAUCGAGACAGAAUUGGCACUUCAAAAUCAGAGCUCGUUGCUAUGUUAGAGGAAGAAGAGCUGAAGAAAGCCAUUUUGGUGGUGUUUGCAAAUAAGCAGGACAUGGAGCAGGCCAUGACUCCCACAGAAAUGGCGAAUGCGCUUGGCUUACCGGCUCUGAAGGACCGAAAAUGGCAGAUAUUCAAAACCUCUGCAACUAAAGGCACGGGGCUUGAUGAAGCAAUGGAAUGGUUGGUGGAGGCCUUGAAGAGCAGGCAGUGAUACACAGUGACCAUUGCAGAGCAGUUUCAGCUAUAUCCAUCAUCCCUCUUUCUGUCGUUGGGUAUUUUCAGGCCACAAAACCUUGUAAAUAGGACAGAUUUGAGUUUGACUCCUGUAAUGUGGAUGCUUCUCUUGAAUUGUAAAACUGAACCAAGUGAAUGUGUACAUUAUGAUACUCCAUUUCUUUCUGUCUCUCUGUUUAAAGGAUGUACUUAUGUUAAUUUGUAUGAAACUCUUACUGGCUGGGAGGUUUUUUUUGGCACCCCUUGUCCCCUCCCUUUGGUGGUUUGAGUGGCUACUGUAUUUGUGUAAUUAAAACACUAAUAAAAUCUGGAACUGUCACGUGUA